AAGCUUCCUGUUGGAGUUUCCUUCUGGGACAGACAGGCGGGUCCAGAAGCCAGAUGGUCUGAGGACAGGCCCCCGGGAUCGUGGAGAUGCUAUUGCCACUGCUGUCCGUGCUGUUGGCCGGGUCCCUGCAGGAGGAUCCAGGGUUCAAGCUCCGAGUGCAGGACUCAGUGACGGUGCAGGAGGGUCUGUGUGUCCACGUGCCCUGCUCCUUCUCCUUCCCCGGGGUGGGCGGGAGCAACUCUACACCCGCUUACGGCUCCUGGUACCAGAUAAAGAAUAAUCCCAAAGUGGAUGUUCUCAUGGCCACAAACAACCCAGCCAGAAGAACAAAGAGGAAAAACAAAUUUCCAUUCCACCUUCCUGGAGACCCUGGGGCCGGCAACUGCUCCCUGAGCAUCACGGAUGCCCAGAGGGGCCACGGUGGAAACUAUUAUUUUCACCUGGACAGAGGUCUCACGAGACACACGUACAAGAGUAACAGGCUCACUGUGCAUGUGAGAGCGCUGACACAGACCCCAGAUAUCCGGGUCAAGGAGCCCCUGGAGUCCGGCUGCCCCAGCCACCUGACAUGCUCUGUGCCAGGGGCCUGUGAUGGGUCGAUGCCCCUCACCAUCUCCUGGACAGGGACUGCCCUCAGAGCCCCGGGACUGGACUUGGAGGCCUCUAACUCCUCGGAGAUCCUGCUCACACCCCGCCCGCAGGACCACGGCACCAACCUCACCUGUCGGGUGACCUUCCCCAGGGUUGGCGUGAGCACCCAAAGCACCAUUAUGCUCAACGUCUCCUAUGCCCCACAGAACCUGAGCAUCGGCAUCUCUCGAGGAAAUUGCACAGAACUGACAUACCCGGGGAAUGGCUCGUCUCUUCCAGUCCUUGAAGGGGAAUCUCUGCUCCUGGUCUGUGCUGCUGAGAGCAACCCUCUGGCCACACUGAGCUGGGUCCUGGGGGGACAGACUCUGAGCCCCUCCCAGCCCACAGACCCUGGGAUCCUGGAGCUCCCUCAGAUACAAAUGGAGCAUGAAGGAGACCUCACCUGCCAAGCUCAGAACCCGCUGGGCUCCCAGCACGUCUCCCUGCAUCUCUCUGUGGUCUACCCCCCGCGGCUGCUCAGCCCCUCCUGCUCCUGGGAGGGCGAGGGGCUGCACUGCAGCUGUUCCUCCCGAGCCCAGCCGGCCCCCACCCUGCGCUGGCGGCUGGGGGAGGGGCUGCUGGAGGGGAACCACAGCAACGCCUCCUGGACCAUCACCUCCAGCUCGGCGGGGCCCUGGGCCAACAGCUCCCUGAGCCUCAGCGGGCCGCUGGGCUCUGGCCUCAGACUCAGCUGCGAGGCCCGGAACGCCCACGGGAAACAGAGCAUGGCUAUCCUGGUGCUGCCAGGGAAGCCUGAGCUUGGGGGAGGAUUCGUUCUGGGGGCUGUCGGGGGUGCUGGUGUUGCCGGCCUGCUCAGUCUCUUUCCCUGCCUCAUCUUUUUCAUGGUGAAGAUCUGCAGGAAGCAAGCACUGGAGCCGGCAGCUCGUGGGAAGGAUGUCGCCUGCACGCUGGGUCCCCUCUCCCGGGGUUGCCAGCCUGAGUAUCCGUCAGGCACCCCCCCACCCUGCCUGCCCCCAGCCGUGGCCGCUCCCACCUUGGAGGAGGACCAGGAGCUCCAUUACGCCUCCCUCACCUUCCACGAGCUGAGGCCCUGGAAGCCUCAGGACCCCGAGGGCCUCAGCACCACCAAGUAUUCAGAGAUCAAGAUCUGCAAGUGAUGACCCCAGACUCCAGCGAGCUCCCGCGACCUCUGGGUAGAGAGUCCAGGGCUUCUCAGGAAGGGAGACAUCGGGGGACAAUUCCUGAGAGAAUAGUUUGCCAUGGAAAUGAGUUACCAACCAGUGAGUGGGCAUCCCACUGGUGUGGUGAUGGGCAGAACGGGGCUCAAAUUUCAGCCCGGCACCAAUUACAAGCCCGAGUCCCAGCAAGUCACUUGACUUCUCAGUCUCCCCCUCUGUGAAGUGGACGCAAUAAACCUAACUCACUGGGCUGUUGUGGGGCGUCAAGGUGGCAAUGAACAUGAAGGUCCAACAAGGGUGCAGGUGCAGAGAGCACCUUGCCCGAGCUCACGCCUCUUCCCAGGGCAGCCCACCUGGUGUCAGGGUCUGCUCUGGCCCCUGCCUCUGCAGGGAUGGUCUAGCUCCAGAGGCCCCACCCCACCCCACCCCCACCCCCCAGGAUCCCUGACCCCCGGGGUGCUUCCUCAGGAACACUCUGAGCCUGCUUCCUGGGAACCCAACUUGUGUAUUUUCACCACACAGAAAAUCAUCCACGGCUUUUCUGAAAGAAACGACAGGUUAUCUAAAUUAUAUACCUCUUUCUUUAUAUGUCCCGGAUGUUUUCGUUCUCCUCAACAGGGUCUUCUUUUUGUAGAAUUGGCUUAUAAAAUUCCUUGCAGUUAUGGUCUGCGUCCAUUAACACUGCAAUAUCGUGUCAACCUUAAAAUAAAAACCGCCAGCUCCUUUACCAGCGAAAAUGGAUCUAUUGGGUGAAUAAACGAGAGCUGUGCACCGCAAAGAGCGUUGACGUCCAAACCGUAGGCAAGUCUGAGGGACAAAGCAGAACCACGCAUUUAUGGAGAAAAGGGGCAAAUGGGAAAGGCUGUUAUAAACUAAAAGUCCAUUGGAGUAAACUGGGAGUUGGAAGUGUUCUGGCUUCUCAUUGGUUGAGCUGUUGGGGGCGGGGAAGGGUGGGACUAAGAAAAGCCAGUCUUCCUCCCCCUGAUAGUAGAGUAGUAGCCUCGUGGUGCAAGGUCAAGCCCGUGCAAGGUCAAGUCUGUCUCUUCCGGUUGGGUCUGCAAUUGGCUAUGCGUGGUAGGGCAUUAGAGCGCUCCCUGCCGAACCCACCCGCUUCAUUUCAGCGCGGGUUUCUUUCUUUUUUUUAAAAAUAUAUUUAUUUGCGAGAGAGAAUGAGAGACAGAGAGCACGAGAGGGAGGAGGGUCAGAGGGAGAAGCAGACCCCCCGCCGAGCAGGGAGCCCGAUGCGGGACUGGAUCCAGGGACUCCAGGAUCAUGACCUGAGCCGAAGGCAGUCGCUUAACCAACUGAGCCACCCAGGCGCCCCAGCGCGGCUUUCCUGUUAAUUAAUUUUCACUGUAGUUUUUGCAGUGAUCACAUCCAAUUUAUUCCCUUUUUCCUUUGAAUGUCCGUUUACUUUUUUUUUCUUAGCAUCAGGACCCAAUAUAGUGUCAAGGGGCGCCUGGCUGGGUUAGUUGGUGGAGUGAGUGACUCUUGAACUCGGGUUUGUGGGUUCGAGCCCCACAUUGGGUGUACAGAUUACUUAAAAAUAAAAAUCUUUAAACAAAAUUUCAGUGUGCCAAAUUCCAUCUUUUACGGCACAAUUCGCUUUGCCCUUCUUCAGGGUUAUGCUGCAUCUCCUGAUCAACAUUACUUUUUAAAAGUGGUGUCUACUGACCAAAUAGAAGCGUUGUUCUCACUUCUUAUUCCCUUCUUCAACACUGUACAGGAUCAUUCCAUUUGUUCCCAUGCUGGUAUUUAGUGACGUUCAUGUAAAAGAAUAAAAUUCUUCAGGGAUUAAAACCGUUUUGGAAAGGUCAUCAUGGAAAGGCUGCAGUAACUAUCCACUUCAAAUCAGAAAUUCUCUUUCUGUUCUAAGUAUAGCCUUGAUAGGGGCGCCUUGGUGGCUCAGUCGGUUAAGCGUCUGCCUUCAGCUCAGGUCAUGAUCUCGGGGUCCUGGGUUGGAGCCCCUCAUCGGGCUCUCUGCUGAGCAAGGAGUCUGCUUCUCCCUCUCCUUCUGUGCUCACUCGUGCUCUCUCUCUCAAAUAAAAAAAUAAAAUCUUAAAAAAAAAAAAAGA